AUGAGCAAUAAUAACACGCCGCGUCCGCUGUCAGAGCUGAGUCCAAUGGCUCAGCGGCGGAACUCCCCAAGCUGGAAACAGUCAACAAAGUUUACACUGGGCUCGUCUCCAUUUGAUUCAUCGCCAUUCAAUGCCUCGACCUCCAAGCAUCUUUUUUGGCAAGAUCGCGAAACUUCAUUUCAAUCUCUGAACUCAGAAAAUACAAGGCCCUACGAUCCAGAGAUUUCGUACUCUCCAACAAAGAGGGCAUCAAUCGAAAAUCUGAAACGCGCUUCACGAGUGAAGAACAGCAGUCUCAUUGCUCGCGAGCAGAAUACAGAAUAUGAUCCCUCUCAUAUUACUCUCCCAGAACGCCCCUUGGCAACCGGUCGUUCAUUUCACGGCCGUAGUAAAAGUGACCUGCAAUUGCCAUUGUCGCCCUCCAACCAGGAUAAUCACCAGCGACCAAUCAAUGGAGAUGCCUCACCACAACAUAGACCUGUCUCACCAAGUAAGGACCAACCUUCGCCUCCCAAGUCAAGCUUGUCGAAGGCAACUCGAUUUGGACAUAAGCAAUUUGACCCAGAAAAUGACAUAUGGUCCGACAUAGAAGGCGGCCCAUCACGCAUCUCAGAUCGGAAUCCCAAGAGUGUCACGUUUGACGCAGCGCCACCUCAAGUCAAUGAAUACGAAAUGACGACACCGGAUAUCUCAUCUCUUGCAUCGGAGCGUGAAGGAAGCUACGAAUUUGAUGAAGACGAAAUCGAUGUUAGUUUUGAUCGAGGCUCUUCUUUGGACCGUGACGAUAGUUUUGAUGCGUCUCUCGAGGAUAUUGAGAAGACACCAGUUGUGCUACCUGAGGACUGGCGAUUUAUGAGCCCCGAUUCGGCAAAUGAUGAUUUGGUCAGUGGGGAUGAAGAUCCCUUCACUGAUAACCACGGCAGCCCGAGCCCUGAUGUCCAGCCUGCCACGAAUAACGAAGUUGUCAAUCGUAGUUCUCGUAUCGACUCACUCGAUUCUAAUGGGGAAAAACGUCCCCUACCACCUUUACCGCAAGCCAAAACACAAGAGCACUCGCCUUGCCCUAGCUCUCCUAACAAGCUCUCUGCAGCUUUUGAACUUGCAAGCAAUGGACAGCGUGUGUUGCCGUCACCACCCCGCCCAGCCUCCUACUCCAAAAGAGAUAUUGUGGGCUCUUCACGCUCUUCUAUGACUCUCGAAGAUAGGGUCCGACUUAUGAUGCUACAGGAAAACGGAGAAGACAGCCUGCAAGCCGAAGCUGAGCGCCAAAAGGACAGGCGAAUGAGAAGAACUGGAGCCCGCGAGAGAAGUUCUGGAUUCGACUAUGAAGACGAGCACCCUGCCGAGUCGAAAGAAAGCCAGCUUGACAGCCCGCCCCAUAUAUCCCGAGAGGACAUUCUGCGAAACUUGAAAUCUAGACAGGACGUGAGCUACGAGGAAGAAGAUUCUGAAUACUCCUCGCAACUUGCUUCUAGUCCACCACCUCACGAGCAAUAUGACCCUGAUGUCCCGAUACCUUCGCUUGAAGACGACUUCUCUGUGGAAAUCAAGGAAGAGCCUCUGGAUGACGAUGAUGAUAAUGAUAACCUCUAUGACGUUCCCGAAUAUUAUGGGCCUAAUGCACAUGGCUUGCCCUUGCAUGAUGAAGACCGAGGGGACGAUGAUGACGCAGAGAGCAACUACUCUCGAGACUCCAGACAAUCUUUUAUCAAAAAAGAAAGAGAAGUUUCAUCUGAAUCAACGGAGAGUGAAAGUACUACCGUUCCAGUUCAUGAAUAUGAAAACGCAAACGCGGUCACUGAACAGGCACAAGUAACAAAUGAGGAGCAAGCGAACGCAUUCAAAGACCUAGACUUUGGGUUGGAUAACUUGCCUGAACCAUUGCAGCGACCCAGCACUCCAGAAGACAAGACGACGGAUUUUGAUAAUGAACCCUCUACUCCUGAAUCCGUAAUCCGGCAUCCAGUAGAAGAUGAGUAUUCUGAUGAUGAACGUGAAUCUACUCCAGAGCUGGUGCCUGAGUUAGUUGCAACUAUUAAAGCACCUGGAACGGGCCUGAAAACAAGGCCAUCACUGACACCCGCAGAUAUGCAGUCGAUGGCUGCCAUUCGUCGCAAAGUCAGCGCGCAAAGCACCACCAUGCCACCUUUAGACAAACCCGAAGGAGAUAUCGAAGAGGAUGGCACCCAACAGGAUACGCCUGAUUCCGAGAGCUUGAACGAUAAACCACCUACUCUAUCUCUUCCAGAAGUGACACAAAGACAAAGCAGUCUCGUGAAAUUGGAUAUCCCAUUCACUGGCUCCGGUGAAAGCCUUGAAUUCGGUUUGGACAAGGAAUUUGACCGAGUUAUUGAAGCCCAAAAGGUUGCGUUUGAACUUGCCCUUUCCAGAAGCACCAAGUCCCCCCAGUCAUCAGACUUGUUUCUACAUAGCAACAAUCAAUCAUACCCUUCAUCCGGAUUUAUUGGACCCUUGGACCCCUUGAAAUUUGGCACAUCUUUUGCUAACAAAUAUACGCGCGGACAGAGAGGCUACCUCAUGCGUCAAAACACCAAGGUUAUCAUCGCUAGUAGCAACAAUGAUGAGCCCCAACCUCCCGCGCAAAGCACAACUCCAACUAGCCCAGAAGCAAAGCCAGCAAAUAGCUCGCCGCGAAAGGCUAGUCAACCUACAUGGACUGCUGAACCUUGGAACGGUAAGAUGCGACGCCAAAGCACCAAGGCUCCCGGGGCCGUCAAAAAGAAGCCCGUCCCAGGUGCAGUUCCUCCUUUACCGGGAAUGCCCAGCAAUGUUCAAGACAUUCAACAAGGAGUUGAUGAAGUUGAAAGUCCUACUUUCUCUGAGCAGGUGGAUGAUGAACAAGAAAGAGGUCGACUCUUCGUCAAGGUCGUCGGCGUGAGAGAUUUAGACAUGCCCUUGCCCAGAGGUGAAAAACUUCAAUUCGCUCUGACCCUCGAUAACGGGCUGCACUGUGUUACCACCUCGUGGCUCGAGUUGGGUAGAAAUGCACCCAUUGGACAGGAGUUUGAGCUCAUUGUCCAUAAAGACUUGGAAUUCCAGCUUACACUUCAGAUGAAAACUGAAGGUACUUUACUAAGGCAAACUCGAGAGUCUGUAGUCUCCGCUAGUCCUUCGAAGCAAAAGUCCUCUGCCUUUAGUCGAGUUUUUGCCUCUCCAAAGAAGCGGAAAGAACUGGAAAUGAAGCAGCAGAUGGAGCAACAACAGAAGCAGCGAAUGGAAGCCAUUGCUAAUUCUGGUCCUUGGGACAAGCUGCGCUCACUUAUUGAUCGUGAGGGUAGUUUUGCACGUUCCUAUGUCGCUCUUUCAGACCAUGAGAAAUACGCCUUUGGUCGACCCUAUACAGUACGCGUUCCUUGCUUCAACGAAUGGGCCAUUGAGGAACCAUCAAGCUUGAAGAGUAAGAAGGGUAGUUCGACCAACAUUGUUCAAAAGCGACCACCAUAUAAAGUUGGAAACCUUGAACUUCAGCUUCUGUACGUUCCUAAGCCAAAAGGCAUAAAGGAAGAAGACAUGCCAAAGAGUAUGAAUGCAUGUAUCCGAGAGAUGCGCGAAGCGGAGAACACGGCGUCUCGCACGUGGGAGGGCUUCCUUUCUCAACAGGGAGGCGAUUGUCCUUAUUGGCGACGGCGAUUUUUCCGAUUGCAAGGUCCAAAACUGACUGCAUAUCAUGAAGUGACUCGCCAGCCGCGUGCUACCAUAAACUUGGCCAAAGCCGCGAAACUAAUCGAUGACAAAUCCUCCCUUACUCAGAAGGAGACGACUACUAAGGGCGGUGGUAGGCGGAAGUCAGCCUUUUCAGAGGAAGAGGAAGGAUAUAUGUUUGUUGAAGAGGGAUUCCGUAUCCGAUUUGCCAACGGAGAGGUAAUCGACUUCUACGCUGACAGCCGCACCGAGAAAGAGGGAUGGAUGAAAGUGCUUUCCGAAACGGUUGGUAAGGGGUACUCUGCAGGUGCUGGUCAGGUAAAAGCCUGGACAGAGCUUGUCCUCAAGCAUGAAAGAAACGCCAAUGCCAAACGUGAAGCGCUUGAUCGUCUCAUGACCGCAAAUGGACAAUCUUCCUUACAAAAGGAGCUUCCAAAUCCAGUAAAGUCCAAUACCCAACCACCUUUCCAACACCCAACGAGACCUCGACACCAGCAUAAUAUGUCACAGCCGGAAGUUCGGUCCCCUGAGAGUCGUCGGGAGAAGACUCGAUCUUUAAUGUUUUGA